UUGCAAUCUAACGCCUAAUUGCCAACCCCAAAACUCCAUUUCCAAAACCGGUUUUGACAGCGCCCUUUGCCCUUGAAAACUCUUUAACAUUGCGACAACUUCAAUUUCAAUGGCGGCGAGGAACGCAUUGUUGAAGUACAUGAGAGUGGAAGCUCGUUUACCACAACUCCAAAACCCUAGACUCAUCGGAGGCUCAUUCACUCAGCUGUUCAAACGUCACUUCUCGGAGGAGGUUAGGGGCUCAUUUCUCGACAAAUCUGAAGUCGCCGAUCGUGUCAUUAACUGUGUCAAGAACUUCCCCAAACUCGACCCUUCCAAGGUUACUCCAAAUGCUCACUUCCAGAAUGACCUUGGCUUAGAUAGUUUAGACACUGUGGAAAUAGUGAUGGCCCUUGAAGAAGAGUUUGCAUUCGAGAUUCCUGACAAUGAAGCUGACAAGAUCAGCUCCAUUAAUCUAGCUGUUGAUUUCAUUGCAUCUCACCCCCAGGCUAAAUAAGGGCCUUGAGGUUGCCCAUAUCUGUUCUCUCUAUUCAAGUAGGACCUAGCUCUUCCUUUUUAGACAGUGUUGGCCUGUGGUUAAAUGCAUGACUUCUGGUCAACUCUUUUUAAGUUUUGGAUAGUUCAUAAUGAUGACAAUUUUAUAUUGUCAUAGACUAAAUGGGCUUAAUUGCGUCAUUGGCAAUGAUUUCUAUAGGGAUAAGAAUUUCAUCAUUUGAAAUAAACAAUCAGCAGGAUACCGUUUACUAAAAUUAGAUAUCUAUAAAGUCAUCUGUGUGUUUCACUUGUGUAGUUAGAGAUUUGGCAAUAGUCUACACAUGGUGAAAUUAAUUGCUGUUUUCAAGUGAAAGGCAUCUAAUUAUUAGUGUAGAACAGGUCUAAAGGACCAGUUAUUCCCUAUUUAUCCUUAGUGUUUUGACCUAACAAUGUUUACUCUGAUUUGUAAUUUUUGAAUAAACUAUCAGACGUAGAAAUUUUAAAAUCA